UUGGAGCGCUGUUGAAGCGCUCGUUAACCUUAAAAGGAGCCUACAACCGAAGGACCCGGUAAAAAGUUUUCCAUUGGCGUUUUAAAUUUCAAAAAGUUUUAUCAUUUUUCACUUGCCAUUUUCAUUUUUCUAUUCUCUUAUAGAACCCGAAGGGCGGGUCAUCUUUCUCUGGUUUUCCUUUUGCUUUUGCGCAGCUAGUGAUACAAGAUGGCAGAUGGUGAGGAUAUUCAACCACUUGUCUGUGAUAAUGGAACUGGAAUGGUUAAGGCUGGAUUUGCUGGUGAUGAUGCUCCAAGGGCGGUGUUUCCUAGCAUUGUGGGUCGUCCACGUCACACAGGUGUGAUGGUUGGCAUGGGUCAGAAAGAUGCAUAUGUUGGGGAUGAGGCUCAGUCCAAGCGAGGUAUUCUGACUCUCAAAUACCCUAUUGAACAUGGUAUUGUUAGCAACUGGGAUGAUAUGGAAAAGAUCUGGCAUCAUACCUUCUACAAUGAACUCCGUGUGGCUCCAGAAGAACACCCAGUUCUUCUCACUGAGGCACCUCUUAACCCGAAAGCUAAUCGUGAGAAAAUGACCCAAAUCAUGUUUGAGACCUUCAAUGCUCCGGCCAUGUAUGUUGCUAUCCAGGCUGUUCUCUCCCUUUAUGCCAGUGGUCGGACAACUGGUAUUGUUCUGGACUCUGGAGAUGGUGUGAGCCAUACUGUCCCCAUUUAUGAAGGAUAUGCCCUCCCACAUGCCAUCCUCCGUCUCGACCUUGCAGGUCGUGAUCUUACUGAUGCCCUUAUGAAAAUCUUGACUGAGCGUGGUUAUUCAUUCACCACUACAGCUGAGCGUGAAAUUGUGAGGGACAUGAAAGAGAAACUGGCAUAUAUUGCACUUGACUAUGAGCAAGAGCUGGAAACUUCCAAAACUAGUUCUUCCGUUGAGAAGAGCUACGAGUUGCCUGAUGGCCAGGUGAUCACCAUUGGUGCUGAGCGUUUCCGAUGCCCAGAAGUCCUUUUCCAGCCUUCCAUGAUUGGAAUGGAAGCUUCUGGCAUUCAUGAAACCACAUACAAUUCUAUCAUGAAGUGUGAUGUUGAUAUCAGGAAGGAUUUGUAUGGAAACAUUGUUCUCAGUGGUGGAACUACCAUGUUCCCAGGAAUUGCUGACAGAAUGAGCAAGGAAAUCACUGCCUUGGCCCCAAGCAGCAUGAAAAUUAAGGUGGUGGCUCCACCCGAAAGGAAAUACAGUGUCUGGAUUGGAGGCUCCAUCUUAGCAUCUCUCAGUACUUUCCAGCAGAUGUGGAUUGCCAAGGCAGAGUAUGAUGAAUCUGGCCCAUCUAUUGUGCACAGGAAGUGCUUCUAAUUCUUCAGAAUGCAAGAGGCGUAAAAGUAAUGUCCUGUUUUUUGGCACAACAAUUUCAGCUCGCAAGUUUUUUUUCUAUGCUGUUUCUCUUAAAUUUUUGUUUUCUCAAUUUCUCUGAUUGUCUUUGUUCAUAUCGUGAAGCAAUGAACUAGGAGAUGGUGGAGAUGAUGAUAGAGUUGAAAUUCAUUCGUUUUAAUUUUUCAUUAGAAGUUCAUGAACAAUUUUCAUUUAAUGCCAUUGCCAU